AUGUCAACACCGCGAUUCUGGCGCCAGCCGCUCUCCUACCUCCGCUGGGCGUCGCACGAGAAGCCAGCCAUCUUCUACUCCUUUGUCGUCGGCGGUAUGGGACCUGUCAUGAUGGUUACGGUUCCUUCAAUAAGGCGGAGGUUGGGGGAUGGACCGAGGCCACCGAUUCCGUUGACUUAUCCGAUACCGAAGGGGCCUAGGAAGAUACCGGAGGGCUAUGAUGAUUAG